CUGGUGACAAGCAGUAUGUUGAAAGAUGCUCAUUAGACGGCCUAGCUUUCACCUGGGUCAGUCAGUUUUUGAGAGGAGGACAGACUUGGGUAGUCAACCGAUGGGGAAAAAAAGCCUGUGUAUUUAACAGCUAUAGUGUAAUCUAAUGAAAACAGGUGGCCCUCUUCAUUCAGACAGACUCUCCAUUUGGACAAACGAGGUUAGAGCGGGAGUUUGAAACAAGAUGAAGAUUGUACUGGUCGUGGCUCUCGUCCUGCUGUAUGUCUGGCUUCAGAAUGCCCACAGGUCUGACGUCAACCAACCAGGAAGUGUUUGUGAUCAGGCUCUUCCUCUGGCCAUUUCCAGGCUCCUCAUCUCCCCUCUCUCUGUCUACUCCUGGCUGGUCUCUGUGAUGGUUAAACUCCUCUUCUCCUCUCUGACCCUCAUCUUCUCCUCCCUGUAUUAUACUGUCCUGCUCCUGCUCGCCGGGCCCUGCUGUAUCGCCACCUUGUCUCUGUCUGUGCUCGUGUCCUGUCUCCGUGUAGUUAUCUAUAUGGUUCACCUAGUGUUGGUGCUCUGUGUUCUGGCAGUGCUCGCCAUCAUGACCCCACACAAAAUGGCCGACGUGAACGGACCCAAAAUGGCCGACGUGAACGGACCCAAAAUGGCCGACGUGAACGGACCCAAAAUGGCCACCGGCGCCACUGCUCGUGACCAAACGUUCUACGACCAACUGAAGCUGCAGCUCCGAGACUCGGACAGAUCUGGGAUCAGUGUUGGGUCGUAAAGACUUCACAGCGAGGCCGAGGGCAUCGUGUUAAGUCUGAAAUACAGUUGAUCAGUGUUUAUUUGUUAAAGAAUAAAGUCCCUUCCUUUGUAUCCUUUAGCCUGUUUUGGUGAACUUUAGUCCCCAUCAUUAAAUAAAGUCAAUGUGUUUUAAACUA